GCCACCCAAAAAAAUGAAAAAUUGAUAAAAAAGGCAUUUUGGGGCUUUUCAGUCGGUAUUUCGUAUCUCAGCCAAAAUUCAAGCUUUAGGGCUAAAAAUUUGAAUUUAUGCCUAAAAAAAUUUGCUCUACAAGAUGGGCUACCUCCGAUCUCGAUCUGCGAUAUCGAUUGAGCACCCAUAUCGGGAAAUCGGUUGUCUUUCUCGUGCAAUGACUCAUAUAGAUAUCAUGCAGGAAAAGAAGCAAUUAACUACUCUGGAGACAGCGAAUUCAAAGCCCAGUUUAUCUAAUUUCGAAAUGGAGGUAAUUUUUAAGUAGCCUAAAAAAAGGACCUAUUGAAUAUUUUUUUAGAUCACAGACUACAAAAGGAAAAAAUGCGACUUUACUAAUAAGCUUAAACAUGAUAUUCGGCACAAAAGCAGUGAAGUAAAACUGAAAUAGCUAUCAUUUUUCUACUAUUUCUUGUUGUUGUCUAAAUUCCCUUAAUAAAAUAGCAGAAUAAUUGUUUCGUCUCUAGAGACCAGCGAGUCUAAGAAUUUCUGGUUUCUAGACCGCAUAUUAUACGGCAAUGAAUUUUCAUGUCUCGUUUUCUUCGCGAACAUGGAAGGGGAAAAAUCUCAAAAUGCGAUGUUUUCAAAAGCAUUUGUUUUGUUAUAUUUUUAUUUACAUUGAAAUAUACUUUUAUAAUUAAACUUUCCUUCAAUUCUUAGUGAGCGCAGAGCAAUGAAACUAAUCACCAAUACUUAUACACAAAAUUUCAAAAAUAUUCAUUCUAUCUUUCAUUAAAGAGUUUUUGUGAAGGUCAGAAAGACGUCUUCAAAUGUUCACAAGAUUUCUAAAUGGCAUAUAGGCAACUAGAAAAAGAAACGGUAACGGCAAAAGCUCUUUUCUUACAGAACUACAUGGAUCUAGACCCAAUUGAUGAAAACAUUUCGACUAAGAGCAUACCAAUUAAAAAUUUUUGAACCAGGACCUACAUGAGAAAAGACUUUAGACACCAAGCUCAUGGGUUCACUGUCUUAUUGGUUCAAGGUUGAGCGAAACUAAUACCUUACUGUUUUUCUUUCACUUUUUAAAAAAAAACUUAAUGAUUUCUGAGUAAUGCGAACAAGAAUUUUAAGAAAUAAAAAAAAUUCUAAUGUGAAUUGAUUUUUCAAUUAGGGACUGACUAUUGAAAAAUUUUAGGCGCGGAACUAGCUAGAACCCGACAAGCUCUAUUUGUCUCUGUUUAGAAAAGUGAACGUUGACGCGCUUGAUUGAAAUUCAGAAAAAAUUUCACCUAUCGCUAAUUCUUAAAAACCAGCAGGGCACCGCCCGGUCACCCAUAAUUUUCUGGUUACGCCACUAGAUCAAAACUUGAAAUAAACAUCUAGAACAAAAUGUUUUCAUACAAUUUGUUGUUUUAACUAGAGUAUAAAACAGAGUGUGUCCCUCAAAUAAAACAUAUUUAAGAUGUUUUAUUUUUGUCUGACGUACUUGGCAUUGUGAUAUAUGCUUCUGAUUUAAAGCAACUAUUAACUUCAUAUAUUAAGAAUACAGAAAAGAAACAAACGUAUAAAUGUACCUAAUAGAUAUAUGGAGAGCAUAUUGCGACAUCUGUCACCUUUACUAAAACUACCCACGAAAAUAUUUUGCAAUAAUUAUUAAUAAUUAUAAAUUGAUUCGAACAAAUAUAGAUUCAGAUAAAUCUUUUUCUGUUCCUAUUUUUAUUAAAAAAAGAUACAAAAUGUACUUCGAUUAUUAUUGAUUCAUGAGAAAACAAUACCAAUAGUCCGGCAGAUAUAAAAUAAAGGAGAAAAUUCACAGAAAAACAGGUUCAUAUAAAAGACUGUCUUAUUAGUAUUUUUGCACAUAAAUUUUUAGAUUUUUUCAUCAUUUCAUUAUAUUGAUUAUUUUCUCUAUAAUGACAUCUAACAAACGAAAACGAAUGGCAGCCAUUAAUCAUUAUCAAUUUCAACAAUUUCUGGAAUUGAAUUUGUCAAACGAUCUUGCAGAUAUAAUUUUUUUUAAACUAGGAAUUAGAUCCUACACUGGAUUAAUACAAUGUGAUGAUUUUCAAUGCGAAUUGCUUGAAAUGCAUAAUUUUAUUGAUGAAAAAGUUCGAUUAAAUUUGUUUUUAUAUCAAGAUCCAUUAUGUUUGUCAACUCCAAAUGGAGUAAAGAAGGGUAUUAUACGUGAAUUGAAUAUUUUUCGUGAAGAAUGCAAAAAGCAAGUCGUGAACCACAAAAUGAAUCCAAGCAAUUCAGGUAUAUAUAUAUAUGGAAAGAGAUUGUACAGAGAGAUGAAAGAUAUGUGUAUUAGAUGCUUGCUAGUGUCAAAAUUUGCCUAAAUAUAUUUGUAAUAUUUCUGUUUUCGAACAAGUGAAUAUUUAUUUAUUUUAUUUUAAAAAAAUCAGCAAAUGAUAUAAAAAAGAACAUUUCUAAAGAUCUCAUACCCCAUAUUUUUGGUUCAUGCCCACCAGACUGGUUGUAUUUCUAAUGCUUCGUUAAGACUUCUAAAAAAUAUGUUUAAUGAUAAAAAAGAAUUAAGUUAUGUACUUAGAGUAACAGUUAUAGAACUCAUUUGAGUGAAACAUUUUACUUAAUAAAAACUUCAAACUUACUUUUUUGGAAGAAAAUUUUAUAGAUAUAUUUCUUUUACUGUAUGAAAGAUAGAUUCUAUUGACUCGAAACUCCUGAGUUUUAUUGCUAAAUUUUCAAAGAUUUGCUAAGACAAACCAACUCUAUUAAAUUAUGCCCGAUUUUCAUAAAACAUUUUCUAAAUUCUUAUUGAGCAUGAAUUAGUUAGCUAAAAUUAAAAAUUCUGAAACCCUUUUCAGAAUGAAACGCAAUCAUAAUUAUGAAUUGGUUGUGUGACUUAAGUAUUUGAAAAAGUCUAUAAAAGAAGCACGUCGUUGAUAGUGCCAAAUUUCUACUGGUGAAAACAGAAAUCAUUCUAUAGACAAUAGAUCUCAUAAUGCAAUCGUUACGGUUUCAUGUAAAUCUCAUCAAUUUUGGAAAGUUAUGGUAUGCGAAAAAUUGAUUGAAUUCAGUUAUAUUUUUCUAGUCAUUAUUCAUUAGUUUUUUGAGACCAUAACAUAUAAUUUCUUUUAUUUAAUUUUAAGGAAAUAGUAGCAGUACACAAUGUGAAUAUGCAUCUCAUAGUAUUUCCAAACGAAUCAAAACACAAGCCAAUGUUUCUGUAAUAAGCACAUACAAUGCUCGAAAUCAUGACAAUUUGGACGACGAUCAAUUCAAUUACAGAGAAGUAUAUCGUUUAUUUUAUUUUUUACAUUUUAUCUUUUGCUAUAUUUUAGAAACCAAUCACUAAUGAUGAUGGUUCAACUGAUUGGUCUUUUCAUCAAGACGAAGCUUCAAUUUAUGAAACAAAGUCUGAUACUAUCAAAGUUAUCUACAAUUACAUUAUUAAAGAAGAAACACAUAUUUAUAUAACGAGACAACGUAUUAAUCAUUUUUUCUGUACACAUAUGAAAAUUAGUUAUGAAAGUAAGGCUGUACUGUUUUAA